CAGCCUCCACUGCAGUGGUGCGUAGAAGCAAUUCGUGGGGCUUUGCGUGCUGAAUUCCUCUACGUUGCUCUUCUGUUCGUUUCUGCUCUCUCUCUCUCUCUCUCUCUCUCUCUCUCUCUCUCUCUCUCUGUGCCGGUAGGAGUAGUAGUAUUUGUGCUACUCUGUUUUGCCCUGUUUUGUUGGGUGUGUACAUGAGUAGGGGGGGGUGGGGGAGAGGGAGAGGAAGAGGAAAGAGAAGUGAAGCUGGGAAAGGCGGGGGAGCUGCUGGGGAUCUUCGACUGCAUCAAUGAAGUCACGGCAGCGAUCGCGGCAGCAGCGUCAUCGUGGGAGGGCGAGAUGAGCGAGCAGGCGUAUCGUGUGGAGACGGCGCCGCGGCUGGCGCAAUGGAGGAUCGACAACAUCUCCUCCUCCUGCACCUACCGCAAGUCCGACCCCUUCAAGGUCGGCCUCUGGAACUGGUAUCUCACAGUGGAGAAGAACAAGCAGCUGUAUGUGAAGCUGUACCCCGAGAUGUCGAGCCUAACAAGAGAGCAGCCACCGGUCGCCUCCUUCAACAUCAAGCUCGUCUUCUCCUCGUCCCCUAAUCGCCGGACCAUCGUCCACCCAGCCGUUUGUGACAAGCAGCUAAAGAACAACGAUGACUUCGUGUGGGCAAUCGACAAUUCCUUCACUGGCAGAUUCAUUAUUGACAUCGAGUUCCUCGAUCUGAAGACUGUGCCUCCAUCUGGUGGCGAGCCGUCCUCCAUCUGGUCCAGCCACCACAUCGAGAAGCACUCAGAGAACACAGCCCUCGCCUCCUUUGCUCAGAUGCUGGCCGAGGGCAUCCACACCGACAUCACCAUCAACGCCGCCGCCGAUGGCAGCAUCGGCGCCCACCGCGCCGUCCUGGCCGCGAGGUCACCGGUCUUCCGCAGCAUGUUCUCCCACGAUCUCAGGGAGAAGGAGCUCUCGACGGUGGACAUCUCCGACAUGUCGUUCGAGGCUUGCCAAGCCUUCCUCAACUACAUCUACGGCAACUUCCAGCCCGAAGAGUUCCUCCGCCACCGGGUAGCGCUCCUCGGUGCCGCAGACAAGUACGACAUCGCCGACCUCAAGGAGGCGUGCCAUGAGAGCCUCCUGGAGGACAUUGACGCUGUGAACGUGCUCGAGAGGCUCCACACUGCUUACCUCUACGGUUUGCCCAGGCUGAAGGGUGGAUGCAUGAGGUACCUGGUGAACUUCGGCAAGAUUUAUGAACUAUGGGAUGACUUCAAUGCGUUCCUACAGACUGCUGACAGAGAACUCAUAGCUGAAAUCUUUCAUGAGAUUCUUGUUGCCUGGAGAGGCUUCUAAAAUCUCUUAGUUGUGUAUAAGAAAUGCACUUAUUUGGCUCAAACCCUCUAUGUAUGUAUGUGUUGCUGAUCAAACAAUGUACAGAACUGUAUCACCAAAGGUGUGUAUGCAUUCUUUAAUUCAAGAACUUGCAUGAAAUAGAGAAACCUGGUUUUCAU